AUGAACGGCGUAAUUUGGAGCAAGACGCAAAAGAUUUUCGUGCCAAUUUCCAGCGUGUCGACGUUUGCCGUAAUGCAGCAAGAACGUCUUAGACAAAGUCGAGCAUUGGAAACCCACAAUUUCCAAUUGCAAAACUUAACUAUAACAUCCUUUCAGGAACAGCAUUUCUUCGAAUUUUACAACAAUGAUACAAAAGUUACAGGACUCUGUGGUGAAUUAUGGAAUCUUCUUUCUGAAAAAUUGAACUUUACAUUACAGCCUAUAAGAUCAAAUGAAAGUGACCUGGGUGCGUCAGUGAACUUGUCCUCUUUUCCACGCGGAUUAUUAGGCAUAAUUUCGCGUAAUGAAACUAUUGCGAUACCCAAAGUCGAAACAUACAGUCUUCGACUUUUAGCUACUGAUUUUACAAUGCCUUUAUGGAUGAACAAGCACCGAUUGUAUAUUCAACAGGAGAUAAUACACGAUAGCACAUGGAUAGCAAAAGUGUUCUCCUGGGAAAUAUGGUGCUUUAUAUUGGUUAUGUAUUUACUACUAAGCGUAUGCAGUUUUUGGUCACAAACCAUUUUCGCACGGAUCAGAAAUAAUUGCAGACGCUCGUCUAUCAGCGAUCAUAUUUUUUACAAUUUUGGAAUGAUCUGCAAUCAAAAUUACAUUCCCGAUAAUCUUAUUGGAAGAUCAAGGCUAAUAGAAGUAUCGCUGAGCCUCUUUUGUUCCAUAUUAUCCAUAUCAUUUGGAGCUUUGUUAUUUCUUUGUAUAGCAAAAAGAUAUAACAUUAUACCGCCAUUCGAUAGUCUGGAUUCUAUGCUGACCGAUUCUACAUACAACGUUGUUUGUUUGAAAGGUUCCCUUGGACAUAUUGCUAUUAAGGCAGGCGUUGAUUCUUUUGUGCGGAUAAAAACUACAAAACGCUUUGUCAUUGCAUCAACAGUUGAAGAAAUGUUUAAAUUGGCAUGUAUGAAAGAUAAAAAGAAGUAUGUCUUACUUCAAAGUCAAGACAUAUAUAAGACAAUAGGUCAGACUAAAUGUUAUGUGACUUCAGUUGGAAAAUCCCUUAUGAAUAUGUGGAUAGCUUCUGGCAUUGUGAAGAAUUAUAAAUACAAAAGGACCAUCGACCUUGGGAUACUCAAAUUAAAAGAAAUUGGAUUGUGGAAGGCGUUAACAGGGCGUUGGAUGCCGGAGAAACACCAAGAUAUGAAUGUCGUGACUAUGGAAGCGAUUCAAAUGGAUCAAGUUCUUUUAAUAAUUUUAGUAAUGUGCUGUGGAACAAUAAUAGCUAUUAUUAUUUUCAUAAUCGAAAAAGUGGUGUUUAAGCUCAAAUCGUCGUGAUUACUUUUCGCUUACUACGCUACUAGUAGCGUAUGUAUAUGCUAAUUAUCUCACGAAUAUAUUUUAUAUAUUUGAUUGUCAGCGGUUAUUUACAACUCGCGCGUUCAGAAA